AUGUUUCGCCUGCGAUUCCUGCCCAUCACCUCGGGGCUGGUGGCUGUGUCUCGGCGCUACCAUGGGACAGCACAGCACCCCAGGGCCAGGCACAGGCUUGUGCUGGCAGCUUUCCUAGGCACCACUGCAACCACAGCAACUGCCAGAUUCUUGUGGCAGAGGGCCUAUGCAGAAGACUCUGUGAGACAUGGCCCCAGGGCGGAGCCAAGUGAGAAGGUGAAGCAGGAGGAGGAGGAGGAGGAGGAGAGCAGCAGCAGUGAGAGCAGAAGGGCAGUGGCAUCAGGCAAUGAGGAGACACAGCCAGAAGGAAAGAAGAAGAAGCAGCGAUCUGGGUUCAGGGACCGUAAGGUGAUGGAAUAUGAGAACAGGAUCAGAGCCUACUCCACACCAGACAAGAUCUUCAGGUACUUUGCCACGCUGAAGGUCAUCAACGAGCACGGCGAGUCGGAGGUGUUUAUGACACCUCAGGACUUUGUGAGAUCCAUAACUCCUAACGAGAAACAGCCUGAGA